AUGGAUGAGGCUAAUCCUUUUAUAGAAACUACUCACCCGAAUCUUGAAGGGAGAAUGGUCAACUCACUGAUGAAAGUUGACAAAAUAGAAUGGGAUAGUGAGGUUAUUUCUGAUGUCUUAAAUGAUAGAGAUCAAGCGCUCGUAUGGAAGAUUCCUUUAUCUGAGGCAAGCGCACAUGACGAUUGGUUCUGGUUGAAAGAUAGCAAAGGUAUGUUUACUGUGAAGAGUGCUUAUAGAUUGCAACAUGGGCAAAGUGGACAGCCUAUUCAUAUUUUUUCUUCUGAUCUGUGGAAGAAGUUGUGGACAUUAAAUCUGCCCCCUAAAGUCCUUAACUUUUUAUGGCGUGUGUGCUCCAAUUGUCUUCCAACCAAGUUUAUGUUGUCCACAAAACAUGUGCAAAUUGAUACAAGCUGCCCUUUGUGUUCUGCUGCACCAGAAACGGCACUGCACCUGUUGGUGCGUUGUAGCUUUGCUAAAAGCUGCUGGCAGCAGACUUGUGUUCCGAUUGUGGCUCCUGCUGCAAUGACCUUUGGUAGCUGGUUUGAAGAAGGGUUCUCAAGGUGGAGUGAGGUUGUUUGUGUGGAGGCGGCAAUGACUCUUUGGGCGUUGUGGAAGGUUCGUAAUGAGGUGGUGUGGAAUUCGGUUUCUCCUUCUUUUGAUGAGGUAAUUCACAUGGCAAAAGUGAAUUACUCGGACUGGUGCAAUACACAGCGGUUCGAGUCAGAGUCUCAUACAGAGCUUCAUAAUGGUUGGCCGGAGAAAUGGUGUCCCCCAAACUUUCCUAGCAUCAAAGUUAAUGUCGACAGCGCGCUUUUUGCUUUGGAGGGUCGUUUUGGGGUGGGAUUGGUGGCUCGGGAUGCUGCGGGUUUGGUCAUUCAGGCUGUUACUUUGUUGAAAAUGGGUUCGCUUCAGCCACAUGAAGUUGAGGCUAUUGGAAUCAAAGAAGCCUUGAGUUGGAUCAAGACCAAUGGAUGGAAUGGUGUAAUUUUGGAAUCGGAUUGUUUAAGGGUUAUUUCUAAUAUUCAAUGUAAUAAAUAUAUGGUCUCUAAGGCUUUCUGUGCCGAGAUUGGUAACAUCUCUUUUAGUUUUGUGAAGCGAUCUGCGAAUAGGGUAGCGCAUUGUUUGGCCCGAUCCUCUCUUCUUGAGGCUGAUCAUACGUUUAAUAGAUUUACUUUACCUUUUGUAAUUUCUUCGUUGGUUUUGGAUGAUUUAAAGUAA